CAGCUAAAGGCCAGUGCCUGGGAGGAAAGAGGCAGAAAGCUGAGGCUGCUGCUGACCCAUUGGGACCCAGACCUAGACCCAUCCCGGCCCCAGCUAGCUCUAAACUGCGCCAUGCGUGGCCCAAACGUGGCUCUCUGGCUCUGCCUGGCUCUGCGUACCGCGCUCGGAGGGAUGGAGGUGCGGUGGUGUACCAUCUCAGACCCGGAGCAGCAGAAAUGCAGUGACAUGAGCAAGGCCUUCCAGGAAGCCGGCAUCCAGCCCUCCCUCCUGUGCGUCCAGGGCACCUCAGCAGACCACUGCGUCCAGCUCAUCACGGCCCGGGAGGCUGACGCCAUCACUCUGGACGGAGGAGCCAUUUACGAGGCAGGGAAGGAGCACAGCCUGAAGCCCGUGGUGGGUGAGGUGUAUGAUCAAGAGGUUGGUACCUCCUAUUAUGCCGUAGCUGUGGUCAAGAGGGGCUCCCGUGUGACCAUCAACACCCUGAAAGGCAUGAAGUCCUGCCACACGGGCAUCAACCGGACGGUGGGCUGGAACGUGCCCGUGGGCUACCUGGUGGAGAGCGGCCGGCUCUCGGUGAUGGGCUGUGAUGUUCUCAAAGCUGUCAGCGACUAUUUUGGGGGCAGCUGUGUCCCUGGGGCAGGAGACACCAGUUACUCCGAGUCCCUCUGUCGCCUCUGCCGAGGCAACACCGCUGGGGAAGGGGUGUGUGACAAGAGCCCGCUGGAGAGAUACUACGACUACAGCGGGGCCUUCCGGUGCCUGGCGGAAGGGGCUGGGGACGUGGCCUUCGUGAAGCACAGCACGGUGCUAGAGAAUACAGAUGGGAAAACCCUGCCCUCCUGGGGCCAGGCACUGCUGUCACAGGACUUCGAGCUCCUGUGCCGGGAUGGCAGCCGGGCUGAUGUCACCGAAUGGAGGCGAUGCCACCUGGCCCGGGUUCCUUCUCAUGCUGUGGUGGUCCGGGCCGACACAGAUGGGGGCCUCAUCUUCCGGCUGCUCAACGAAGGUCAACGUCUGUUCAGCCAUGAGGGCAGCAGCUUCCAGAUGUUCAGCUCUGAUGCCUAUGGCCAGAAAAACUUGCUGUUCAAAGAUGCCACCUCUGAGCUGGUGCCGAUCGCCACACAGACCUAUGAGGCAUGGCUGGGCCACGAGUACGUGCAAGCCAUGAAAGGUCUCCUCUGUGACCCCAACCGGCUGCCCCACUACCUGCGCUGGUGUGUGCUGUCCACUCCAGAGAUCCAGAAGUGUGGAGACAUGGCUGUGGCCUUCAGCCGGCAGAGGCUCAAGCCGGAGAUCCAGUGUGUGUCCGCCGAUUCCCCCCAGCACUGCAUGGAACGGAUCCAGGCUGGGCAUAUUGAUGCUGUGACCCUGAGGGGUGAGGACAUUUACAUGGCGGGGAAGACAUACGGCCUCGUUCCAGCAGCCGGGGAGCACUAUGCCCCGGAGGACAGGAGCAACUCAUACUUCGUGGUGGCCGUGGUGAAGCGGAACAGCUCCUACGCCUUCACCCUGGAUGAGCUGCGUGGCAAGCGCUCCUGCCACCCAGGCUUUGGCAGCCUUGCAGGCUGGGACAUCCCGGUGGGCGCCCUGGUGCAAAGGGGCUUCAUCCGGCCCAGGGACUGCGACGUCCUCACAGCGGUGAGUGAGUUUUUCAGUGCCAGCUGCGUACCUGUGAACAACCCCAAGAACUACCCAUCCUCGCUGUGUGCUCUCUGCGUGGGGGAUGAGCAGGGCCGCAACAAGUGCGUGGGCAAUAGCCAGGAGAGGUACUACGGAUACAGUGGCGCCUUCAGGUGCCUGGUUGAGAAUGCAGGGGACGUCGCUUUUGUCAAGCACACGACUGUCUUUGACAACACGAAUGGCCACAAUUCUGAGCCCUGGGCUGCUGUGCUCAUGUCGGAGGACUAUGAGCUGCUGUGUCCCAAUGGGGCCCGGGCUGAGGUGACCCAGUUCGCAGCCUGUAACCUGGCACAGAUACCAUCCCAGGCAGUCAUGGUCCGGCCAGACACCAACAUCUUCACUGUGUAUGGACUGCUGGACAAGGCCCAGGACCUGUUUGGAGAUGACCACAAUAAGAAUGGGUUCAAAAUGUUCGACUCCUCCAACUACCAUGGCCAAGACCUGCUUUUCAAGGAUGCCACCAUCCGGGUGGUGCCCGUGGGAGAGAGAACCACGUACCGUGACUGGCUGGGCCCCGACUAUGUGGCGGCUCUGGAAGGAAUGCUGUCUCAGCAGUGCUCAGGCGCAGCGGUCACUGCCUCCGGGGUCUCCUUGCUGCUGCUCCCACUGGCCCUCACUGCCGGCCUCCUCCAGCCCUCUCUCUGAAGCAGCUCUGGGCAAGCCUCGCCCUCCUUGAGAAUGGAAACCUCUUCAGAACUCUCUCUAAAUAAGGCUCUUCUCCUCAAAUCUGGUUAACACUGCUCAGAGGGAGACGUGUGAUGGGAGAGGAAGCCGUGAAAAACCCCAGAGCCCCUCAGGGCUGCGAUUCCGACACUGAAGGUUCUAUGAUUGCUGCAAGGUGGAAUGAAGAUGAGUGUUAAAGAGAAGCCCCCCGCAACUGGACUGAGCAGGUCUCUCCUGCUAGAACGCAGCCUCUGCCUCCCAGGCACCACCUGUCCCUCCACUACCUGAGGCUGAGGCGGCGCUGGCCAGCCUCCCAGUCACGCCCCACCCACAGGCUGGCACAGCUGCUUCCCUACAGAGCCGCAGGCUCCCACCACAUGGAUCCUCACCAGGCUUGGGUUCGGAAAAGACCAGUUGCCAAGGAAACAGGCUGAACCCGAGCUUCCCACACAGCCCUCUCUGCUGGAGCUUGCCCUGCCGAGCCGCCCAGGGGGCCUGAUGAGAUGACAGGCCCGCCGCGCCCCCACCCCGCCCGUUCCCACCUCCCCCUCUGGAGAAUGGACAUCACACCCAGCACCACCCAUCAGCCCCCACUCCGUCUGUCCCCGUUCCAGCCUCCCUCCUGAGGACACUGUGUCUGUCCACACACACCGCGCAUGAGGCUGGAGCCAGGCCCUCCAAAGAGGCAAAGCUGCCAGGCACACGCUGCCCUUUUGGCCUUGUCUGCUGUAGCUUGGCCCAGAUGGGAACCCUCCCUGGUUGUACUGGGCUGGGGAGGGCAGGGAGGCUGGGGCUGGACCCUAGGAAUGAAACCCUCGAGGGUUUCCUAGGACAGAGGAAAUGCUGCUCAGUAAGAAUCUUUACGAGAUUGGAGUCUUGAUGCAGGGUUGGGGGUCUAAAAUCUUGCCUAAAUACCUGUCUGUGGUAAGGGAGACAGGCCUCAGGACUGGACACGCUGUGUGCCCUUCCCUUUGGUGGAUUCAGCUACAGCAGGCUCUAUGCUGCGGUUAAACCCAGUCAGCAGGAAUCCCCACUCCCAAGCUUCCUCCUCUGAGGCUCCACCUCAGAUUACUCCCUUCUACCCCAGUGUGGUGGCCACCCCUCUAGAGCUACCCCUGAACCUCUAGCAGCAGCAGUUGCCUCCAGAUGGAAGGGUUCAGCCUCCAGGGCUGCGCAGUGAUCUCCGGGCCCUGGAGCAGGAGGUGGCCCAAGUCUGUAAGGCAGCGUGAGGCCCUCUGCAGACCUGGGAACGGGGAGAGGAGCCACAGGCCAGGUGAGGUGCUGAGGGGAUCCCUUCUCCUCACCCAGCCCUGCACUGACCCGGCCGAGGGCCACUCAGUCCAGAGGAAGGGUCCCACCUUCCCCUCCCCUGCAAGUCAUUGGAAAGUGCCUGGAGAGGGUCUCCAUGAUUACCACAAUUGUCUGAGGAGCCAGAAAGUUUCCAGAACUGCCAGCUCUUACUCUGAAAUUUGCUCCCUGAAAAAAGUAAGAGAGAAGAAACAGGAGCGAGCCACCCUCGUCAGCAGACUGGGAGCCGCGUGGGCCCGGAGCUAUUUGCAUCCCAGUCUGCGGGGGCCUCGGGGACGCUGAUGACAGGCUGGGUUCCCAGAGCUUCGCCCCCACUUGUGGGCGUUGGGAUGGAUCCCUUCCAUCCUCAACAGGGAAGGAGGCCGUUGGCAGCGUCCUGGCAAUGCUCACACGGUCCUGAGGAAUCCUGGUCCCCACCCCACUGUGAGGGGCCAGAAGGAGCCGGCCUCGGUUACCACGUUGGUACCCUCUUCACUGGGACAGCCAACGAUUCCUCUCUACCCUGAUGAUCUUUGGAUUUUUUUAAGAGAGAUUUGUGCAGUGAGAAGUGGAUUUCUGUGUGGCCGCCCUGGGCCAGCGUGCUGCCCAGAGUGUGACACUGUACCGUGAGCCCGCUGAGGGUGUGACCUGCACCAGCGCUGAGUGAUGUCUGAACGUCUGGUGACAGCAGGGGUCCACCACGGUGUUAGCGUCAAUGAAAGAUGUUGGUUUGUUUUAUAAAUAAAGCCAGACAACCCUGCCCCUGAUGAGCCUUGGAUUCCGAUAGAAA